AUGACUGAGAAUAAUAAUAUUAACAACGACAUGCAUUUUUGUGUAGGUAAAAUAGACUUUAACAACAUUUAUUUGGACAUACUAAAUAUCCACGAAACGUUAGUAAAUCACAUCCAAACGAUAGUAACUCAUGUGUACAAUUUAAUAGAAAUAAAAUUGUGCAGAAAUAAUGUGGUAUCAACACUAUCAUCCUCAUCAAAAUUAUCAACAUUAGCAACAAAUAAAUGUAAUGUUAAUACGUUAAACGAUUUAAGUACCAUAUAUAAGGGGAAAGGGGCAGACGACAUGACCCCUAUUAGCAUACCAAAUGUGCAUGAAUAUGAUAAAGAAAUGAAUUGUAUACGUGAUGGUAGUACAUAUAUGAAUGGAAAUCCGGUUAAGGAUAACACAAAUUAUGAAUACAAUUAUAUAAAUUGCGAAAAAGAAAUAAAUAAUGAUGAAACAUUGUUAAAGCAUUUAGUGGAAGAAUACUUACAGCAAAAUAUAUACAGAGGAACUUAUUCCGAAAUGCAUAUCUAUGAUGAUGAUAAGGUAACCACAAAUAAGUGUAAAAAUGACAACAUUGUACAGUUAAAUAACUUGAAUCUGCACAAAAAUAAUAGGAAUGAAUGUAAUAAGGAAAAAGAGAAUAAGAACAGUUUAAAUGAAGCGGUAAAAUAUUGCGAUAUUAAUAGUAAUAUGAACAGUAAUAUGAGGGGUAAAACACUUAAUAAACAAAACUUUGAUGAUAAGAAGGGAAACUGCACAGAUACAAGUAUAUGCGCCAGUAAAAUAUAUAGUAGUAAGGAUCAUAUAGUAGAAUACCCCGUACGUAGGAAGAGUACGAAUGUAGAUACUCACACCGAUCUUGUUAGGAGUAAGAAGAGUGAAAAGGAUUCCAUAAAUGAAAACCAGGUGAAGCUAAAAAAGCAUAUUAUUCUGUUAGAGCUUAUAAAAUGUGUUAUUCAACAGUCGAAUAAUUUUAAAAAGGAUACUAACAUGAAAAAUGGUAUGAACAGGGCAGAUUGCAUGAACAGAGUAGGUUGCACGAACGAGGGGAACAGUAUAAGUUCAAAGAUAGUAAAACAUAAUAGUGCUAAUAAACCAAAGCAACAGGUAGAAUUUGCUAAUGGCAGUUUAAGUAAGAACGAAAAUAUACACAAUUAUAACAAAAUUUGCAAUUUCAGUUUGUCAAAAAUAAAAAUAAAAUAUAUUAACAUCAUAAGUUAUUACAUGGACGUACUAUCCCCUUUUAAUAAAUUUUUUGAUGAAAAUAUCAAAGAAUUUAAAGAAGAUCAGAAUGAGUUGAAAAGGGUAAGAAAAAAGUUAGAUGAAAUAGUACUAAAUUAUGAUUAUAUUGUUGAAGAUAUUUUUAAAAAAUAUAACGUUCGAGGAAUUACACAAGACCAUUUAAAUUAUUUAAAAAAACAUAUAUUGCAAGAAGAUUUUCUUCAAGAAAAUGAUAAUUUUACCAAUAUAAAAAAUGUGGACCUACGUCAUAAUCCGCUUACUUCUAAUAGUAUUGAACAUGUGCAAAUUAAAAAAUUUAAUGGUGAAAAUGCAGCUAUUCCGAAUUAUUCAUUAAAUAAUCAUAAUAAUGACAAUUUUCAUGGUACCAAAAAUUGCAGCAAUUUUAGUAAUCCAGUUUUUAAGAAAAUCGCCCUUUGUAAUAAAUACAGUUCACUAUAUUUUGGAAAAAAUAUGAAUAGUCAGAUAAACGACAAUUCUAUACACAAAAUGAGUGUAUUCAACAAUAUAAAUAAUUUAGUGGAUACAUCAGUUCGUCCUUUUAAUAAUAAUAAUAAUAGCGUGAAAAGUGAUAGUAUGUUAACAAAAAGAUAUGACAACGCUGUGGAUACGGUGGAAAGUACAUAUACACACACUAACAUUCAACACAGCAGUUACAUGAAUAGUCAGAAAUAUACCAAUUCAAGCGCAUUAUAUAAUGAAAACGUAAUAAAUUUUAAAGAUACAUAUAAUCCUAUAAAUAAAGACGAUUCAAUUAGUUUAGUAUUUCCAAAUGUGAGUAGCACCAAUUUUAUUGGAGAUGACCUAUCCACUACACAAUUUAACUGCGCAAAUGGAAACUUAGAAAGCUUAAGAAAACAUAAGGAAAUAAUUAAUAAUAAUAUUAUUCGUGAUAAUCAUAAUGCGAAUUAUAAUAAUGUACCCACACCUGACUUUGUUUGUGCAAAAAAUAAUAUCAUACUUUUUGACAAUAACGUAGACGCAAAAAGUUUGGGAAAUUAUACACCCAAAAUUGACAUGAACAGUUCAGGAGCAAAUGAAAAGAAUGGAGAGGGAAAUAAAAUGACUAAUUAUCAUUCCAAUUUUAUAUACGGCGCAAAUCGUGAAAAAACAAAAAAAAUAAUAAAUAAUAAUGAUAAUAGUAAUAAAGUUAAUAAUAAUACAGUUUUUGCAGAUAUGGAAUUUAUCUGCACAGGUCAGAAUCGUGUGAUAAGUGAUAACAGUGCAGGUAAUAACAGUAACACAGCCAGCAGAAGAGACAGUAAUGAUGGUAUGAUUAAUGAAGUAAACAAUAGUGGAGAUAAUCAGAGUAGUAGUGGUCAAAAUGGCAGAGAUCAGAACAAUAACGUUAGCAACGAACUGAUCCAGCGUAACACAUCUGAUUUAAUCAGUUUAUUUUCAUCCGGAUGUACUUCAAAUUUACCCACAAAAAAUAAUAUCGAUAAUAUUAUGUAUUAUCAUAAAUCUAAAAUGAAUAAUGGAGGUAUUGAUGUAAAAUGUGUUACAGAAAGUGAAUCAAUAAACGCAGAGGAUAGCAAGGAAAAACAAAAUGGUAAAAUAAUGAAUGAGAACAGUUUGUCUACCAGUAUAGAAUACGGCGUAGACAAUGUAGCUAUACAAAAUGGUGUAGGUGUAAAUGUGAGUGAGAGUGUAAAUGAGAGUGUGAGUGAGAAUGUGGAUUUAGAUUUAGGAGAUGAUAGUUCUCUUUUAUAUGAGCAAAGUAAAAAAUAUAAGAAUUUCCAUAGGGACGAUUUUUCUAGUUGUAAAAACGAAAGCAAUUGUUAUAAAACGUACUCUAAUGAAACAUAUAGAAAUGAUGUGAACUAUAAUUCAAAUGAUGAUAAUUUAUGUUUUAAUACAACAACAGAAUUUAAUCAUAUAAGUAAUUACAAAAGUGUGCAAGCAGCAGAUAGUAACACUAUUGAAGUGAAUGAUUACCAUCUUGAGAAUAAUGAAAAUUCAUAUAAUAUUUUCCAUAAUGAAACAAAGGAAAUGUACAUGAACAAAGCGAAUGAUGUAAAGGAUAAUGAUUUAGAUGAUGCAGUCAUAAGGAAUUCAUUACCCACUUCGAUAGUAGAAUCGAACGAUGAUAUUAGUGCAAUCGUGGUAGCAGCUCAGUCUUAUGGCAGUAAUGAGGAUAAUCAGAAUAACUUUUAUAAUAACUAUAAUAGUUGCAUUGACAAUACUGGUUAUAAUAGGAUAUCAGAAAAUAUCAGUUUCAAUAAAUGGAAUAGUGCCAGUUGUGAGGGUGCAAAGCACGAUCAGACGAGUAGUUGCUCAUAUAGCAACAACGAUGAUAGUAAUAGCAAAAAGGACAAGAUAGAUAAUAAUAGUGGCAGUGGUAAUAGCGGCAGUGGUAAUAGCGGUAACAGUGGCAGUGGUAAUAGCGGCAGUGGUAAUAGCGGCAGUGGUAAUAGCGGCAGUGGUAAUAACGGAAGUGGUAUUAGUGGUAGUGGCAAUAGAGAAUCGAGGAACCACAGCAGCAGUGGUAACAAUAAUGAUGACGAUGACGAGAGUGAUAAAAGGAAUAAACGAAGUAAUGAUAACUACAACGAGAAUGAAAAAGAGGAUGAGGAUGAAAAUAGGAAGGAAAAGAAAAAUGAAUACGUUAACAAUAACAAUAACAUAAAUAAAAGCAAUAGCAGCAUUAACAGCAAUAGAAGCAGCAAUGGAAGCAGUAAUGGAAGCAGCAAUGGAAGCAGUAAUGGAAGCAGUAAUGGAAGCAGCAAUGUAAGCAGUAAUGGAAGCAGUAAGAGCAACUGCAGAAAUAAUAGCAGUAACAAUUGCAGAAAUAAUAGCAGUAACAGUUGCAGAAAUAAUAGCAGUAACAGUUGCAGAAAUAAUAGCAGUAACAAUUGCAGAAAUAAUAGCAGUAACAAUUGCAGAAAUAAUAGCUGUAACAACUGUAGAGACAGUAACAGCAGCAGCAGUAACAACAUUUUAAAAAAUAGCUCAAGCAACAAUGUACUUAACAAUAUCCAUGCAGACAAAGCGAAAUUCAUUGAAUCUUCAGAACGUUUAGUAAAUAAUGAAAAGGAAAUUAAGAACGAAUUAAAUAAAGAGAUCGCGUUAAUAAGUGCACAACAAGAUGAAUGUAGAGAUAUAUUUUUACAGAAUAAAUAUAUUAUGGAUGCGAGUAAAAAUGAUAUUAACGGAUUUAAUGCAAGGAUACCCUUCUUUAGUUGCAAUAAUGAGAAUGAAACAAGUACUAGUUUUAGCAAUAUGAAUAGGUCAAACAGUUUGAACAACUCGAACAACAUAGGAGAUUUUAAUAAUUUAAGGGGCCAUAACAAUGUAAGAGGUCUCAACAGGGUAAGCGAUUUUAACGGGGUAAAAGGUCUUAACAAUACAAGCGAUCAUAACGGGGUAAGCGGUAUGGACAAUGCAAGUGGCCUUAACAGUGUAUACGGUGUGAACAUGAAUAUUAUGAAUAAUAUGAACAACAUGAACAGUAUGAACAACAUGAACAGUAUGAACAACAUGAACAGUAUGAACAACAUGAACAGUAUGAACAGUAUGAACAACAUGAACAGCAUGAACAACAUGAACAGCAUGAACAACAUGAACAGUAUGAACAGUAGGAACAACAUGAACAGUAGGAACGGUAUGAGCAAUAUGAACAGCAUGAACGGUAUGAGCAAUAUGAGCAACAUGAACAGCAUGCACUGUAUCAACGAUAUGAACAUCCUGAGCAAUGCGAACUCCAGCAACGUCAGCAGUUACUUCAACUACUGCAAUAAUAGUAUGGGUAAAGAAGAACAUAACUCGAACGGAGGAGUAAUGCACGAAAAAAGAAGCGAGAAGAUAAUAGGGAAUAACAAUCUGGGAAACAUGGAAAACAUAAAUAAAGACUUAGUGAACAACGUAAAUAUGGAGAUGAAUUUGAAAAAUUACAAUAACGAAAUGAUGUAUAACGAAAUAUACAAUUCCUAUAUUGAUCUUUAUAACAAUUUUAAUGAAAAAAAUGACAUAAGUAAUAACAGUAUGAUGAUAGAAUGUGAAAAAAACAAUAUUGAAUAUGAUUUAAUGAAUUUUACGAAUAAUACAUACAACGAUAUACACAAAAUAAUACAAAACGAUGAAAUACUAAAGAAUGAGUUUACAAAUAUAGAAGACUCUUUUAAAAUGGCACCUACGCCAUUCGUAUCUGAUAAAAAAGCGAAAUCAAAAUAUGAUACAAAUGAUGAAGAAAUAUUAUUAUUGUAUGAUAAUUAUAAACAUAUGUUAAAUUUUGGAAGUGUGUUAAGAAAUGAACAAAAUAAAAAUAACUCUUCCGAUGGAUUCUUCCUUCACCCUAAUAAUAUAGUGCUUCCAAAUAUGUUAAACAAUGAUAUAAUAAGUGAUAGGAUAAAUAAUGACAUAGAAAAAAUUAUUGAUAUAAUGAACACAAAUAAUGAAAAUAUUAUGAAUUAUAAUUUUUCUGUUGAUGAGGAAAAUUAUAAUAAUGUGAACCAUAGUCAGGGUAGAAGGCUUUCCUCCCUUAGCAACAUGCCGGACAGAUAUUCCACUGAUUUUCCUUCCAAAGGCAAGGAAAAAAGGCGAAAAAUAGACUGUACAACAGGGGGGUAUAGUGACUACAACAAUAAGAGUAGCAAUAAGAGCAGCAAUAAGGGCAACAAUACUUGUUGGAGGAGCAAUGGCAAUCGGGGAGGGAAUAGCAGUGGUAAUAGCGGUGGAAAUAGCUGUGGUAAUAGAGGAGGGAGUAACGGUGGAAGUGGCGGUGGCAAGAAGUACAGUGGUAACAGUAAUACAUUUCGGAGCAAACCAAAAAUGGAGCAUAUUUUGGAGCAUUCACAUUCGAAGAAAUUUCAAAAAUAUACUGUGGAUAAAAGAAAGAAAUACCAAAAGAUUGACAUAAGGAAUUUAAAUAAAAACGUGCAAAAAAAUAAAGAGAUAUGUACCAACUGCUACAUUCAUUAUGAUAAUUUUAAGUCAAGUUAUGUUUUAACAUUUAUUAACAGAAAACAAAAAAAGCAAAGGAAAUUAUUUCCUGUUGAACCAAAUGAAAAAGAUGAAGCUUAUAUUAUCCAAAUUAUGAAUUACAUAGAAAAGUUAAAGGACCAAGAUAAAAUAUACGGUAUUGAUAAAAAUUCCCCAAAUGACCCUAUUCAGACCGCUGUGAAGAACAACCUUGAUAAUGCACCUGGUCUGCCUAACUCUACCAAUAGUAAUGAAUGCGGUACCACAAACAUGGAUAGCAGAACCAUUUCCAAUAUGAAGAAUAAUAGUUUUAGCGGCAAAAAUGCUAACAUCAUUACCAGCAAAAGCAAUGGCGGUAAAACCAGUGACAGGAUUAAUUACAACGAUAAGGAAUACUUUCUAAAGAACAACUGUAUACAUGGCGAACAACACGCAAAGGAAAACUUAGCGAAUGGUAGUGAGAUAAGUACAAAUAAAAAUAGUUUAGUAAAUGAUAAUAUAACUAAUUUACUUAACAAUUUCAAUGAACAUUUAUAUGUUGAGCCAAAAAAUGUAAAUUACGCACCGGAUAAUUCGGUACCUAUGAACAGUAUUGGUAGUCCCCCUAUGUCCAAUGCAGCUAUGUUCGAUGCAAUCAUUCCCAAUGCCUCCAUAUCAAAACCGCUAAACAUUUAUGAUGAUGUUAAUAUAUCACCAAAUAUAGAUUUUAUGGAUAUAAAUUUACUAAACGCUGCAACGAAUUUUGAAAAUAUUAAUUUAAUAAACGUAGGCACAGGAGGAAAUACGCAAAACAUAAACAUGAUUUUUGAAAAUAAUGACAAAAUAGAUAAUAUGGAAAAAUCGGGGAAGGUUAAUUAUUUGGCUGAAAUUGCAAGUCCUGGUAGUAUCAACAACAUUAGCAAUAAUAUGAUUAGUAGUGAAGUUAGCAGUAGCAAUACCGCGAAUAAAAGCGUAGGCCAUAACGUCAAUGGGAGAAUAGGUCGUAAUGUGAGUAAUAACAUCAGUUAUAGUGUAAGCCGUAACGUGAAUGGAAGCGUAGGCCGCGAUUUGAGUAAUAACGUCAGUUGUAGUGUUGGCUGUAAUGUGAACCGUAACGAGGUCCAGAGCGGGGAGGAUAACAAUAUAAAUAGAUCUUUUGCACCCAGUUCAUAUGAAAAUAAUAAUGUUCAUUCAAAUAUAAAAAACAUUACAUAUAGUUGUGCGAAUGACAAGGAAGUAAAGCAACAGAAGGAGAAUUGUACGAACGAAAAGGAUGAUUAUAAUUCUGUAAAUUUGUUAAAUAAUGUUAAUUAUCAAAAUUAUAGUAACAGCAAUUUUGCAAAUGAUAACGAAAAUGAAAUAAUACACCAGUUUAGUUCUAUGAUGAAUGAGUACGAAAAUAGCAUCUUAAAUAACUUGAGUUAUGAUCAAAUAAUUAAUAUGCAGAACAAUCCAACAGAAGAAACCGAUAUGCAGCAUAACGAAUGA